AUGCGGCAGAAGAGGAAAAGUGAAGGAAAAGUGAAGCGGCAACGCGCAGCCAGCUGGGCAGCUGCUUUCAUCAAGAUGGGAGCAUUUCGCGCAGGGGACGCAGUUGACCUGGAGGCGGACAACUUCGAUGACAUCGAUGAUGAGAAGCUUAUGGCGCAGCUGCAACAGGGCCUCAUGAAGGCUGUGCAGAGUCGAAGUGCCAGGAUGCUGUCCCUUUUGAAAACUUCCCCACUGCCCGAGCCACCUUUUCUGGACAGCGUGGUUAUCGAUGUUUUUCCCGUUGGCUCUGCGUUCUUCUGGGCGGGUUCCGGAGAGGUUCGGGACCUGUUCGCGUUCCGGACAGGGGUGGGGUUACGGGACCGGUUCGGGUGGCGAGGUGUCGGGCAGAAGCGGCCAGGUUCUGGGGGCAGGUCUCGGAGAGGUUCGGGGCGGGUUCCGGUGCGGGUUCCGGUGCGGGUUCGGUUCCGGCAACAUUAG